AUGAGGUUACGGACUGCUGCAUUACGGCAAUUGAGCCGGGGAGCGUUAUGUCCUACUUCAUCGAGGACGGCAUCAUGUCUUGCAGCACGAACGGCGCCAUUGCUCACCAUUUCACAAAGAGGCCAGUUCCAGCCUCGUAGAGGCUACGCUUCUGUUUCCGCUGCAGAAUGCCAGUUUGGCCAGCCUGUGCACGAGACACAUCCUCACAUACUCGCCGCUGGAGAAUUGACGCCUGGCAUAUCCGCCCAAGAAUACCACGAGAGACGAGCGAAGCUGGCCGCAAGCCUUCCUGAAAAUGCUAUUGCCAUUCUCCCAUCCGCCGACCUCAAAUACCGAUCGGGCGCUGUAUUCUACGAAUUCCACCAAGAAUCCGACUUCUUAUACUUGACUGGAUUCAACGAGCCAGAGGCUGUUGCUGUCAUACAAAAGAUAGGCAAGGAUGACGAUUAUAUAUUCCACCUCUUCCUACGACCAAAGGAUGCUGCGGCAGAGCAAUGGGAAGGCGCCAGAUCUGGGGAACAGGCCGCAAUAGACGUAUUCAAUGCGGACAAGUCUGGAGACAUAAAAAAUAUUUCGAAGCUAUUGUCCCCUCUAAUAGCUAGCGCCAGCCAGGUAUAUGCGGAAUCAUCCAGCACUAAGUCGAUCUUUUCAAAGUUCUUCUCCGCCAAGAAUACGGCCGAAGACAGCUUCUUUGGAUUGCUCAAGGAUGCCAAUGUGAGACCCAUUAGGCCCGUUCUGAAUGAUCUAAGGGUAUUCAAAAGUGAGGCUGAGAUUAAAAACAUGCGUCUGGCAGGCAAACUCUCUGGAAGAGCUUAUACCAACGCCAUGCGUCAACAAUGGACAAAGGAGAAAGACCUUUGUGCAUAUCUGGAGUACCAGUUCAAAGCACAAGGCUGUGAUGGCUCCGCAUACGUCCCCGUUGUUGCAGGAGGCAUAAAUGCGAAUAGCAUACACUACGUUCGAAACGAUGACGCUCUAGGCGAGAACGAUUUAGUCUUGAUAGACGCUGGCGGGGAGUACGGCGGGUACAUAACGGACAUCACCCGCACAUGGCCCGUUUCCGGAAAGUUCUCCUCGCCACAGAAAGACCUCUACGAGGCGAUCUUGACCGUACAAAGGUCCAGCGUCGCUCUCUGCAGAGAAGACGCGAACCUGUCGCUAGACCAAAUCCACCGCCUUACCGAACAAGGCCUCCGAAAGCAACUAGAAGAGAUAGGAUUUGACCUCCGUGGAAACGCGAUGGAGGUCCUCUUCCCUCAUCACGUUGGACAUUACGUCGGACUUGAUGUGCACGACUGCCCUGGUUUCCCACGAAGCGGUGUAUUGAAAACGGGGCAGUGCGUCACUAUAGAGCCGGGAAUAUAUGUCCCGAAUGAUGAUCGGUUCCCCGCGCAUUUCCGCGGUAUUGGAAUACGGAUUGAAGAUAGCGUGUGUGUCCAGAAGGACACCGCGCUUGUAUUAACGACGGAGGCUGUCAAGGAGGUGGUGGAUAUCGAAGCACUCCGUGAUUAA